GAAAUGCGUAUUGCUCGCAAGGGUACCUGGGAUAUCAUCGGAAGUACGGUUUGUGUCCUUGUGCUUGACAAGCUCCAGUUAAAGUCAGAAAGACAGAAAAUGUCCUACAUGUACAGGCACUUUACGGCCCUUCAGCAAAUUUCCCGGCGGACUAUAGCCAGUAGUGCCCGUCGGCAAGUCGACAACAAGGUUCGACAGAAGCAGAAGUUGUUUCAGGAGGACAAUGGUAUGCCCAUCCAUUUGAAGGGAGGAGCCAAGGAUGCUCUUCUGUACAGGGCAACCAUGGGCUUGACUAUUCUUGGUAGUGCAUAUGUUGUAUACGAGUUGUUAUCAGCAGCAUCGCCUAAGAAGAAGUGAUCCAUUUGACUUGCCCUUGUGUACAACAAUGUUUUGCCAAUUGUACAUAUCAGUAAUCAGGGAGUCUUUUGUCAUGUCUAUGAGUAUUAUUUAAUGUCCAUGGGAUCAACACUUGAUUGGGACACCAAUCAAGCAUAGGAAAUAAAAUGUUUGGAGCGCG